GUUGGGUAGCCAGCGAUUGUUUCAAUUGUGCUAAGAACAGAUAGUAUUAUUACGUCAUAUAUUACAGCAUAGUAACCAUGGAAACCGUUGAUUUGUACGCGAAGAAGACAGGGGGGUCGGGAUGGAUGUUUUCAUCAAAAACUUUCAUCUUCGUGUUUUCAUCAAUAUUGGUGGCGAUGUUUGGCGCGGCUGCUCGCGGUGAAGUCAUUGUCUUCAUUGUUAUGCUGUGGAAGAACUGGGAGGACUUCCGGUUUAUUGGGGGGGAAGUAGCGGGCAAUACGUCACGUCCUGUGACGCAACCAACAACGGAAAUGUCGUCAUUGGAUAAAUAUCUAUCACAAUACCACCUCCAGUUCGUAUAUUUUCACAUCGCGGUCGCUUUCGCGGUGUCUUACUCAAUCUUCAUUGUUGUGGGGGGGUUCUUACAAUGGUACUUUUAUAUAAAGCGUCGCGAUCAACCCGAGACGUGGAAGUGUCAACCUAAAAGAUUUCUCACAGCAAAGAACGAACGUCACGAGAUAUUACUGGGGGCUUUCUGUUUAUUCUGGGGUUCCAUACUUUCAGGGUUGCUUGUGACGUAUAUAAGUAAUGGCGGGAAGGGAUGCAAAGUGUAUUAUGACGUCACAGACUAUGGAUGGUUCUACUUUGUGACGACAACAAUCUUCAACUUUAUGUAUCAAGACGCCAUCUCGUAUUACUAUCACAGAAUGCUCCAUUAUCCUUUCUUCUAUCGAAACUUCCAUAAGUGGCACCAUAGAUACCACAGCCCAACCGCGUUCAGCGCUGUCGCGAUGCAUCCCGUCGAAUCCAUUGUCUUCCAGUUAUUAUUGAAUGUCCAAGUGUUCAUUGUUCCCAUGCAUUACGUCACAGUGGCUGGUUGUCAGUUGUAUCUUUAUUACUUCGGGUUGAUCGACCAUUCGGGAAUCGACAUGGACUCGAUGUGGCCAUGGCAACCACCCGUUCGUUUCCAUGACGACCACCAUAAAUAUUUCCACGUCAACUUUGGCUUCAACACGAUGUUGUUCGAUCGUUACCAUGACACCAUACGUCACGUGAACCGGAAGUACGCGGAGAAUAUUUUCGGGGGCAAGGGCGCCCCUAGUGGCGAGAAGGAGCUUAAAUAGAAUAUUUUUAUUCUGUCUGUUAUGACCGCCCGUUGGCCGAGCAGACAAACGCUACUAUGACGUCACGAACCGAGUAGCAAUAUUACGUCAUAACCCGAUGACGCGGGGGUUUCCCUGUUGAAAGGUUACCAUGACAACCUGAGCCUGAUUGGCUGUGACGGUCACGUGUUAUAAGGUGGGGUAAGAUGGUUUUCAUUCUAUUAUCUAAUAUUAAACAAAGAACAUUCAAAGAAAUAUAAAACCGUAUCCUCACGACUCUUAUAGACCGUUGUUAAUUGUCUAAAACACGAUCAGGAUAUUACGUGAUAACCAUCUUCCCCCACAAUGUUUUUAGUAAUCGCAAGGUUACUUGAGGUCAUUGACCUUGGAAUGUAAUUCAAAGUCCAAUUUAUUGUGUUUGAAUAAUGGCCAUUGUUGAAACAAUAGCGCCGAUGCUACCGAUGUUUGUUUGUUCUGAAUGCUCUUUAUGACGUAUCAAACAUUCCAUGACGUUUGCAAAAUUCUAAAAUUAUUAAACAAAUUAACUCAAAAUAUAAUUGUUUAACG